CUCGUUUUGCAGCUGUCAAAACGACGCGCAUUGUGUUUCUUUGACAACAAACUCAGCGGCGUUUUAUUCCAAUUGUUAUAUCGAACCAACAAACAUUAGUUGAAAUUGGGUUUCACAGCAACGUUUCAUUUCAAGCAACCUGAAAUAUAUUAAUUGAAGACAUUUUACAGCGAAUUUAAGCAAAAUAACACAAGAUGAAGAUUGAAGAAGUUAAAAGUACAGUGCGAACACAGCGUAUAGCUGCUCACAGUCAUAUCAAAGGAUUGGGACUGGACGAGAAUGGUGAACCGAUUGAAGUGGCUGCAGGUUUAGUUGGACAGAAAACCGCACGUGAGGCUGCUGGGAUUGUUUUGGACUUGAUUAAAUCCAAGAGAAUGGCUGGACGAGCCCUGCUAUUGGCUGGACCACCAGGCACCGGAAAAACUGCCAUCGCUUUGGCCAUUGCACAAGAAUUGGGAAAUAAAGUUCCAUUUUGUCCGAUGGUCGGUUCUGAAGUGUACAGCAGCGAAAUUAAGAAGACUGAAGUAUUGAUGGAAAACUUCCGGCGUUCAAUUGGACUUCGUAUCCGUGAAACAAAAGAAGUUUACGAAGGCGAAGUGAUCGAGUUAACUCCGGUCGAAACCGAGCACCCAACCAUGCUAAGUAGCUACGGUAAAACCAUCAGUAACGUUGUCAUUGGUUUGAAAACGGCCAAGGGAACAAAACAAUUGAAAUUGGAUCCAUCGAUUUUCGAGUCACUUCAGAAAGAGAAAGUCGAAGUCGGCGAUGUGAUUUACAUCGAAGCCAACAGUGGCGCAGUGAAACGUCAAGGCCGCAGUGAUGCAUUUGCUACUGAAUUCGAUCUAGAGACAGAAGAAUACGUACCAUUGCCCAAGGGCGACGUUCAUAAGAAAAAGGAAGUGAUUCAAGAUGUAACUUUGCACGAUUUGGAUUCGGCAAAUGCCCGCCCACAAUCCGGUCAAGAUGUGCUGUCGAUGAUGGGCCAACUAAUGAAACCGAAGAAGACGGAAAUCACCGACAAAUUACGUACUGAAAUCAACAAAGUCGUGAACAAAUACAUCGACCAAGGUAUUGCUGAGCUGGUGCCCGGCGUUCUUUUCAUCGACGAAGUUCACAUGUUGGACUUGGAAACAUUCACGUAUUUGCAUAAAUCGCUUGAAUCUCCGAUUGCACCAAUCGUCAUUUUCGCCACAAACCGUGGAAAAUGCACCAUUCG